CCCCUCCCUUUUCCCCUUCUCCACCUUUUCAUUCCCCCCUCCCCGUCUUUUUCUUCUUUUUCUUUCUCUGCUUUCCCCCCACUCCCUCCUUUUCCUUCCUUCCCUGCAUCGCUUCUGCGGCGUGGAGUUCUUUCAGCCUUGGUCGGGAAACAACAACAACCACCAAAACAUCAUCCACACCAUCACCACCGCCUUCAUCCCAGAGACACAAAAAAACCCCCCCCUACAAUCUCGGCGUCGCAUCCAUUUAUCUCUCGCCCGCCCUCUUCCUUUCCUCCCCUCCCCUCUCCCCUCCCAAUCCGGACGUGUGCUACUGCUGCCAGCCCCACCGCCUUGCCUCCUUCCAUCCAUCCAUCCGUCCUCUUUUGUACGCAGCAUCGUCUUGGAAGGAGGGGGGAGGGCUACGAACAGAAGAAGGAGGCGAAUCGGGGGGCCCAUUCCUUCCGACCCGCCCCACCCGUAGAGGAGGAGGAAGAGGAAGAAGAGGAGGAGGGGGCGGCCAAGAAGCCCGCUGCUAGAGCCGUCCUCGUCCACCAAGGAGCCGCCGCCGCCGCCGCCGAUACCCGGCUGGAGCCCGGCGCGCCCUAAGCAUGGUCACUCAGAUAAUCAGCACAAUGGAGACCCAAGUGUCCAAUGGCCCCACAAGCAACAGUUCCCUCCCCAAUGGGCCACUGAUCAGUGCCAACGGUGCCACUGAUGACUCCAAAACUAACCUCAUAGUCAACUACCUGCCCCAGAACAUGACACAGGAGGAGUUCAAGAGCCUCUUUGGAAGCAUUGGAGAAAUUGAAUCCUGCAAAUUGGUCCGAGACAAAAUCACAGGGCAAAGUUUAGGCUAUGGCUUUGUCAAUUAUGUUGAUUCCAACGAUGCUGACAAAGCAAUCAACACAUUGAAUGGCCUCAAACUACAGACGAAAACAAUCAAGGUGUCCUAUGCACGGCCCAGCUCAGCUUCUAUCCGCGAUGCAAAUCUCUACGUGAGUGGCCUGCCCAAGACCAUGAGCCAGAAAGAGAUGGAACAGCUUUUCUCACAGUAUGGGCGGAUCAUCACUUCCCGCAUCCUUGUCGACCAGGUCACAGGCGUUUCCAGAGGAGUGGGCUUCAUUCGUUUUGACAAGAGGAUAGAAGCCGAGGAGGCCAUCAAGGGGCUGAAUGGGCAGAAACCCCUGGGUGCCAGUGAGCCCAUCACAGUCAAGUUUGCCAACAACCCCAGCCAGAAGACAGGGCAAGCGCUGCUCACACAUCUGUACCAAACCACAGCCCGGCGGUACACUGGACCCUUGCACCACCAGACUCAGCGAUUCAGGCUCGACAAUUUGCUAAACAUGGCAUACGGCGUCAAGAGUCCUCUCUCCUUGAUCUCCAGGUUCUCUCCCAUCACGAUCGACAGCAUGACCAGUCUGGCGGGAGUCAACCUGACAGGGGCCUCCAGUGCUGGCUGGUGCAUCUUUGUGUACAACCUCUCCCCCGAGGCAGACGAGAGUGUCCUGUGGCAGCUCUUUGGGCCUUUCGGGGCCGUCACCAACGUCAAAGUGAUCCGCGAUUUCACCACCAACAAGUGCAAGGGCUUUGGCUUUGUCACCAUGACCAACUACGACGAAGCAGCCAUGGCCAUCGCCAGCCUCAAUGGCUACCGACUGGGUGACCGAAUCCUCCAGGUUUCCUUCAAGACCAGGAUCCAGACCCUCUGUGACGAAUGACUGAGUUACAGCUCCAGCAACAAGCAGAGCCCUGGCUUGAACAUCACCUGAACCAAACACCAUGGCAGCAAUGGAGGAAGGGGAGCUGCUCUGUCUUUUCAGAGGCUGACCCAGCCUUGCAGGGCCUCCACCCAGCCAUUCAUUCUGUGUCCACCAGGCCAUUCUUGACCCUAUCUCUGUCCAAUAAUUAUUGUAAACAUGUGAGCAAGUGGAAAUGCAGAAUUAGCCCCAUCUUCAACCAAAUGGAUCUUCUAUGUGUGAGGGAAAUUUCUAUUUCACUGAAAGCACUUGCUGCUGGCCGUUGUCACAUCAGCCUUGGGCUGGAGCUCAGGGAAAGCCUUCUUGACAGGUCUGGACACCAAGUCUUCUCCCAGCUAUGUUGCCUUUUCUGAACAAUGGGACUCAAAUGCCUGUGGAGGGAGAUCUUGCAUGAUGUAGGAAGUGUGCUUGUGGGGGUGGUUGGCUGGUUUGGGGGCACAGACAUGAGGCUCUUGGUCAAGGUGGGCUUUCAGCGUUUAAGCAAGAGAUCUUUCUUGGGUCAAGAGAGCAUUCAUUCCUGGUUUGCAGGGCUCCCUCUGUGUGUGUGUGUUUGUGUGUGCGAGUAUUGGAGAGAGAGAAAGAGUUGCAGGCCAAACAUUUCACUUGGGACAAUUUCUCCUUAACAUGGGCCAGCUUCUUGUUUGCUCCUUUCACUUAAAAGCAAGAGACUUGGGAUAGGGGGGAGGAAGAGAAUAGGAAGAAAAAAAUCUGGUCAUGAUUUCACCCAUCUGGCAGCCAUAAAUGCCAAAUACCUUUCGGAGUUUUAGCCAUUUCUGCAUAGGUAUCACCCAUGUUCUCAAAUGUAAGCCAAAAGAGUCCAGAAGAACUCUUCAAAUGUCAAAAGUUUGCUCUGUAGGGCUGCUGCUUUUUUGUUGAAAAAAAAAAGAAAGAAAAAUAAGUAUUUAUUUAAUUUAUUUGAGUUUAUGGCCGUCUCCCUUCAGAAAGGAACCUUGAAGUGGGAUAAAUCUGUGUGUGAGAGUUGUACUACACUGACAUCCAUAUGUCCAUGUUUCUUUCUUGCUUCCUCUCCCCGCACUUCGAAGGGCAGGAGGAGGGAAGUUCCUCUUAAAAAAACUAACUCUGAAAGGAGACGCCAUUGCUACUGCCUUUCCCGAGGCAUCUCCUUUGUUCACAAAUCACAUCCUGAAAAUGCACAUCCGCUAUUUUCCAUUCUUUAUUUAUUUAUUUAUUUAUUUUUGGUUUGCUGAAAACAACGAAGUCAUCGUUGGCACGUUGAGCAAGGGAUGUUAUUUUCUUUUGCUCUCAAAAGCAAAAAUGGAAGACAAAAUGAACAACAUUUAAAAGACGAACUUAAUGAUAAUUAAACAUUUUAGCAUUAGUUCGAGUUUUAAUUGUUUAAUGAUUUAGAAAUUAGUUUAGGAUUUCUUGAUUUUUUGACAAUAAAUGUGUUCACUUGUGUUUUGUAAGAGUCUGUGGCAGCUUCUGUUUGCGAUAAAAUGAGAAAAAAAACAAAAAAACUGGCACCAUUAACUCUUGUAUCUUUUUGCGAAUUUUAGCUUCUUGUAGUUUUAACUUAUUGUUAACUUAAAUAUUUAUUACUGCCUUGUAAGAGUACAUUUGUGUAUAUUUAUGUUCUCAUCAGAGUUGCAAGUUAAAAGGGAAAUAUCUUUAAUUUGCUGAGAAGUGAUUAUUCCUAAUUUAUUUAUUAAAUAGCAAACAAAAAUUGAUACAAUAAUAACAAUAAAAGCUUAAAUGACAGGCUCUCCAACAGGGCAAAGUGCACAGAAGUAAAACUUUUUAAAGCAACCUACAAAUGUGGCAUAUAGAACAAAAUCUUGAUAGGCGAGUUUGUUUGUGAGGUUUGAUGUUACAUCAUCUACUUUUGUCUUGUUGGGGAAAAAACACAUUUGAGUCUUCAUCCUAAUUAAAAGGUAAGGGGAGGGCGGGAGGGGAACAUGUAGCUUGUCAUUUUCUCUAUUUAUUCUUGUGUUUUGUACCCUCUGCCCUUCACAUGCUGCCACUCAGCAUCCCUCCCACAUGUUACAAAAAUAAUUUCAGUAACAAUUUGCUUUUUUGGUUUUAAAUAUUUUAAGCAAGCACCACAGGUGGCUGAAACUUGUUGGCAUAAAGGACAUUUUUGACCCUCUCUGGCUCCAGUUCAUGGAAAUCCUUAAGCACAAGGGACCCAUUUCAAAUAUGCAUAUAUUCCCGACGCCAAAAAUGGAAAAGAAGAAAAACCACUCUAUCCUAAGUCAUAUCAGAAAACGAAGCGGAAAACAGCAAAAAAGGAAAUUGAAAUUAGGCAAUGUUUUUAAAAAGCACAUUGGUUGAUAAAUCCUGAGACUAUUUGGUAAAUAAUGUUAGCACUACCACAUUUGAAAACAUGGUUUCUAAAAUUUAAACAGCAAGGUAAUACGAUGCUAAGACAACAUCUAUUGAUUAAAUACUUUUUCUGAAGAGUCUUGUGAUCUCAAAAGAUCCUUGGUUUUUUUUAAUUGUGUCAGAAGUGACAUGAGAACAAACUACACGUCACUUCUGUUGUGAGAUAACAGAGACGUUGCCAAGGGGGACACACCUUUUGAGUGUACAUAUGGCGAAGUGCGUUAAAGCACUGAGCUGGAGACCGAAAGGUCCCAGGUUCAAACCCCGGGAGCAGCUCCUGCCAACCUAGUUCGAAAACAUUCCAAUGUGAGUAGAUCAAUAGGUACUGCUCCAGCGGGAAGGUAACGGCACUCCAUGCAGUCACAUGACCUUGGAGGUGUCUACGGACAAUGCCGGCUCUUCGGCUUAGAAAUGGAGAUGAGCACCAACCCCCAGAGUCAGACAUGACUGGACUUAACGUCAGGGGAAACCUUUACCUUUUAUUAGGCCCAGAAGGGGGAUCCUGGAGCUGGAAGUGUGCUUGUGUAGUUAUAAAAUGAAGCUCUGGGGAGAUGUAGGUUUUUUUUGACGCUCUACAAAGAUUGUGAAUUUUAAAAAAAGAUCAUGACUACUGGAAAUAAUCUAGCUGAACUAUAGGAUUAAGCUGUAUAACUGUUUCCCCAGAAUUAAGACCACUGAAUCUAGCUAGAAUUGCAUUGUUCAAGGCCAAGUGCCUAUUGAAUCAUAAAGAUCUGAGAUGUUCCUCUCCAGGCUUCCUGGAGAGAACCAUUAAGAGCUGGUCACAGUGUGUGCUGCUUCUCUUUUCCUGCACUUUGAAUCCAUUGUUCUAUGUCAUAGUCUCUAGAGCAGCAGAAAACAACAUUGCCCCCUCCUCAGCAUGACAUCCCUUCAUACAUUUAAACAUGUCUAUCAUGUCUCCUCCCAGCCUUCUCUUCUUCAAGCUAAACAUGCCCAGCUCCCUAAGCUGCUCCUCAUAGGGCUUGGUUUCGAAACCUCUGAUCGUUUUGGUCACUUCUCUGGACACGUUCCAGCUUGUCACGAUCCUUUUUGAAUUGUAAUUCAGAACUGGACAUAGUGUGAUUCCAGGUGAGGUCUGACCAAAGCAAAAUGCACUGGGAUGGACCUGCCCCCUGUCCUAAACUUAGACUAAGAGUUCACCUAAGUCUGAAAUGACUUGGAAGGCACACAACAACAAUCCUAAUUUUGGGCUAUUUCAUCAUAGUCCGGGCCCCCAACAAUCUGAGGGACCAUGAACCGGCCCACUACCAAAAAUGUUUGAGGACCCCUGAUCUAGACAGUAACGAGGGAAUUGGCAUUUCUCGUGUACAUUCAUACAAAGGCAUGGAUGCGCUAUCAUAUAGUAUGCAACUACGUUUUAAGCAGCAGCAUUUUUUCAGACAUUAUUUCUCCCCAAAAUAUGUAUUUAACCAAAAGAAGCAUCAACAUCUUGAUUUUUCAAUCAGUCGUGGACAUACAGUAGAGUCUCACUUAUCCAACACUCGCUUAUCCAACGUUCUGGAUUAUCCAACGCAUUUUUGUAGUCAAUGUUUUCAAUAUAUCGUGAUAUUUUGGUGCUAAAUUCAUAAAUACAGUAAUUACUACAUAGCAUUACUGCAUAUUGAACUACAUUUUCUGCCAAAUUUGUUGUCUAACAUGAUGAUUUGGUGCUUAAUUUUUAAAAUCAUAACCUAAUUUGAUGUUUAAUAGGCUUUUCCUUAAUGCCUCCUUAUUAUCCAACAUAUUCACUUAUCCAACAUUCUGCCGGCCCGUUUAUGUUGGAUAAGUGAGACUCUACUGUAUUACUUAUUUUGGUUAAAAUACUUCAGUAAUAUAUUAGAUAGAUCUGAAACUUCAAGCAAUGCAUAAUGAAGAUGAGGCUUGUGCAAAAAAUCUUUAGUAUGAAUCUGGGGACAUUGCAAGCAUAACUGCCUUCAUUUAUGAAACGGUGAGGCUGUUUUUGGUUUGCUUUGGUGCCCAUUUAAAGUAAGUAAGUAAGUAAGUAAAAGUUUAUUUGUAUACCGCCCUCUCUCCCAAAAGGGACUCAGGGCAGUUUCCAAUAUAAAAUCAGCAUAAAACAUUGUACAAUAAAACACUGAAAACACUAUAAAACGCUAUAAGAAUUAGAAACAAAAACAAAACAUAACAAUUGACUAAAACAAUCACAUAAGCAGAAGGAAUAAACAAUGUGCUUGGGUUGUUACCUAGCCUCAGAACUGCCACUUGCAUUAAUUUAGGUCUCUCCCCAUUAGUUCACAAUGCCUUUUGUAUGACAACAAAGUUUAAGGGUCAAUAAGAAAACUCCUGAUUCUUUAGAGCAGCACCACGCUUUUUAACAAGACCUAGUUCCCCAAUACCAUCCCAAUGCAUUAAUGCAGGACAGAACAAGAUCAAAAGACCCCAGAAAAUACUUGUGGACAUCAGAAGAAAGGAACCCCAUAAUAGUUUAUUAUUUGGAAUAUAAGAAAAACACCUAAAGUUUGACUGCCUUUGUAGGCGAUGCAGCCUUUGAAAUAACUUUUGUGCUUAACGAACUAUAUUGAAACGGAGCCACGGAGUCAAGCUGAAGCUGCAUAUUGGAGCACCGAGGUGUAAUGGUGAGCUUUGCCUCUAGUUCCACUUGUUUGGUCAAAAUGCCUUGUCGCUGGCUGUUCCGAUCCUGCUUAAGUCCUAAUCCUGCAACCACACUGCAUCUGACUCCCUUCCCUGCAUCUCAACCGGGGCAUUUAGUUGCAAACAAAAUUCUCUCUCGUGAUCUGUUGAUUCCAAAAUGGUCACAGCAAUCUAGCCUCUUCUCAAGUAUAUUUUUUCAAGUAGCAAUAAGUGCCAGUUUGAGUUUACUAUUUUAAAAAAAGGUGAAGUGGAUUGAUUCAGGGUUGGAUCGAGGGUGGGGAGGGAAAGAGAGAAUUCUGCAUACUUUUGAAGGCAGACACCAGAGAGCCAGCGAGAACAAGGGGGCUUCUGACCUGACCCCACUGUUUGCUAAGAAAAUUUGCUUACAGUGACGGGUCUCAGGUGCAACAUGGAAGCGAGCAGAGGGUUUAAAGAAUUGUCUGUCUGUUGUAAUGGCGAGUUCCUAAUACCAUUUUACAUGCCCUCCACCCUCCCCACCAAUGUAUUUAGUCAGGGGCAUGGAGGGGCUCGAGGGAGAAGACGUCAGGCCUGAAGUGCCUGCCCCCUCCCUCCGAGCUCUUUAAGCUUCACACGUAUGUAUUGGGACAGUUUUUAAAAACAAUAUUCAAAAAAUAAAAUCAUGAGAGUCAGUUGAUGUGGGAAGGGUUUUAAAAACUGCUGUAAAAAUAAGAAAAAAAAUGACACUUUGCAUUUAGUUUAGACUAUUUAUUACUGGGAUUUCAGGCACGGCGGCUGUAUGAAUCUUUUACAUGGAAUUGUUUAAUUAUUUGUACUUUUCAUGCCAGAAAAUAAAAAAGUUCAGAAUCUUA